CGGCGCGUGCAUGGUAUCGGAUGUCGGAGCACUGUCUAUCCUGUCUUACGUGGCCAGUGCACUGCGAGGUCGCCGUCUUCCAUCACGACAGCUCGAGCGUGAGGUUGGCGAGUUCGGUGACCCGUACUUGCUGGCCUUCGGGAGGUCGGCCGCUCCUCCAUCUACUUAUGCUGAGAUGGGGGAAAAUCCUAGUGGCGGCUGCCAGGUACGGGCACCACUCGUGGCACUGGCUGCACCCACAACGCACUCAACCCGGUUGCGAGUUGCGGCCUGCACCCAGUCACUGCUGGGUGGCCAAGAAGGGCAGGUGGUACAGGGUGCACCUUUUCUUUUCUACAUACCAGAAGAAGAUAAGCGGGCAGGAUUGGGCGUGUAACUUUUAGAACUUAGAUACAGAAAUAAAUGCAAUAUCAGCAAGACUUAUACAAGGACACAGUUCUGGCUUUCUUUCUUAUCUAGAGUCCUUUUCUCCAGAACACAUUCACAUUGACAUAGAUAUCUGGAGAUCAAAGUUUUCCCCUUAGUGUAGAUUGUGAAAUCGCCACAAUGCGGACACAGGAAAAACUUAAUUCGUGAAGAUUUUCAAGGAACAAAGAUGUUAAUCUGUCAGCGAAACCGGGAAAACCCUUGAAGCCGCCCGCAGGCGCCGGCGAUUGGUGGGCGACGGUCGUUGUCUUCCUUGUUGGCGGUGGUUCCGGCCUCGGGGUGUCAUUUCGGGAAAAGCAGAAGGCGGAAAAAACAUUUCCUCUGAACUACGUUUGAAGUGCAUUUCGCCGAACUAGCAAUCUCUGUAUGCUCGGUAGUUUUUGGGGAAUGUUUGAGACCGUCCACAGUCGUUAGAAAUCGUCUCGGUGAGAAUUAGGUAACGCAAACGAAGGUCUGAUUAGGAAAGUAAUAUAAGUUUUAAUUGGGAAGGUAGAAUAAUAAUAAAGUUUUCACCGUCAUGCAGUUAAAUUGAAUAGUUUCUUCCACCACGAAACUAAUCUCCCAAAUAAGAUUUUAUUAUUAUUUACACACGUGUUGCCUCCACGCCAGAUCGAUGCAAGGAAAAAAUCAAUCCGCUAGUGAUAUGUAAAUAUUUUCUCCCCAUGUCUGUUAAAGAGAAGCCGCGCGCGGCGGGAGGAUGGGUUAACCAGCGGGGAGGGGGAGUGAUGUUGUUGAAACACAUCCGGGUCUCACUGCGUGCAACCACGGACUUGCAUUACAUGUCGGACCUGCAUUACACGCCCGUGGUGCAACGCAGUGCUCGCUCGCGAGGUCCGAGGUCAAGGGGGAGAUAGGUGCUAAUAGGAUGGGCGCUUCACGUGUUUGUCAACAAAGCCCCGUUCUUGUCAUAUCCGCCAACAUCUCCCAGCAUUCCGGAAAACAAUUUCUUUCAAGGCAGGUGCAGAAUCUGAGCAAGGCUCUAGCAGAACUGGUGAGACAGGCCAUAGAGGAUGGCCGCUUGACCUGUGGUCUGGACAGCUGUGUCAAAGUGCUGGGCAGCAUUCCUGAAGAGGUAAUGCUGUGUCUUAUGCCAGUAACGGACCCUCCAGAGCCAGCUGUGAUUAUUCAAAAUACUCUCAUUCGGGCCUUUUGUGUUGAAAACAAUAUCCGCAUGCUAAAUGUGGACUCUGUUGUGAAGCUGACCUUGCUAAUACACGACACUAUUUCUGGAGUCUGCAAGUUUCAGCCUGACAACAUGCAGCCAUCAGGAGUUGAAAGUGCCUUUGGGUACAGCUGUGUACUCAUAGAGUACCCCAAGCAUGGAACAAGUGAGGCGGAUGAGACAAUAGCCUUUUACUGCAAGAGUCAGCAGCAUGAAACAUCUCUUCCAUAUCUCAUGUUACCUGACUGAAUCACCCGUACACUUAUUUCACAAUGGGAAAAUAACAAAAAAGUAAAGAGAGAGCUUAUCAUCCUUAUUCAGGAAAGAGUGCUUCUUCUCCACUUCAUACCAUUACUCUGGUAAAGGGAAUGAUGCAGGCCCAGAUUCACCUUAUGCGAGGCCAGCACGGGCAAGCUAGCUGCCUGUGGAAGUGGAGGUGACAGAGAAGAUGGACCAGUCCAUGCAGAGGCAUCAUAUCAUCAAUUUCUCAAUCUGUGUUGUGCAAGAGGUGUUAUUCAAGAUGGUUGUCAGGGUCAGGGAUAUGAAUGACCAGUCCAGUCCAGUUCACUCCAGCUUUAGUCGUCUGAUUCACAGGAACUACAGUCUAAUCAGUGACUCAGCACCUUGGAAAAGUCUUUUGUGAAGUAUAAAUGGAGACUGUUUUCUUUCAAUGGGCAGAUUCUUCCACCGACUUUUAAAAAAUACUUCUCAUCUUGACAUCUGUUGUGUCAAUCGUUCCUGGCAUGAUAUACAAGCUUUAACAUGCUGAUGAUACUUAUGGAACCCAACAGCUCUUAACAUUUUCAUUCUUUCAAACAGCAAAUGAACUAUAAAGGUGUAAGAGAAUGGAAAAUUCAAACACUUGAAUCAGACUAUAUUUUAAAGUAAAGUUAAAAAUACUUAGGUACUGGAUACUUGGAACUAAGGACUGACUGAUGCCAAGGUUGUGCUAGUGUGCUUACAAAGCACUGUGUGGCUUUUCCCUAGACAGCAUCUAGAAGAACUCACAAUCUUGAACAAAAAAAGCAUAUGCACCAUUGUUGAGAGUGUCAAGUUAAAAAUGGCAGUAAGUUGUUAUGGAAUGGUUUGCAAAGUUUGAGAACAGUGUGUUUGGAUUGCAGGGAGAGUUAUAUGAUUGUAGAAUGUGUCUUGUUAAACACUUGGCCAUACAGAAAGGUGCCUGCUAAAAUAAAUCUUGUGUGUUUGUGAGAGAGAAAAGGGUGAGGGCAUCUGUGCAAGGGGACACAAAUGAGGGUGUGUGAGUCUUUUACAUGUAACAAUUUGCAGAAUUGGAGGACUUGAGUGUUGGUAGACUGUUGGUUAACUUUUUGUCAUGAGACUAGAAACUGUAACUAUUCAGUGGAAUAAAACUUUGAUUUCGUUUAAAAAA